AUGGCGCCUCGCCCUGCAGCAGCAGCCGGCCUCGCCGUGAGCACCGUUGUAGCGCUGCUCGUGGUCCUCGUCGUGGCCUGCCAGCUGCCGCGCGCCACCGGCGGCGGCGUGACGACGGUCCAGGCCUUCGACGGGACGGCGGCCCUGGGGCUGGAGCAGUGCGCGGCGGACGAGCAGGAGCUGGUCCGGACGCGGACCGCCAGGUACAUCAGCUACGCGGCGCUGCGGGCCGACGCGAUCCCGUGCAACAAGCGCGGGCAGUCCUACUACACCAACUUCGGGUCGAUGCAGCAGGCCAACCCCUACACCCGCGGCUGCUCCGCCAUCACGCGCUGCGCCCGCAACAUGAACUGA